AUGGUCGCCCAGUUUGGGACGGUGAUUGCGGGGCGGCCCGUCAUUACCGACUACAUUGAGAUCAGUCCGACCCAAUUCGUCGUUGACAUUCCGUAUCCAGAGCAAGUUACCGACAUCACGUUCUUCAUGCUGCCACAAUCGCCCGUGCCCCCAGGCUUUGCUGCGGUCCUCUACUUUGCUGUACCACAUCUCCAGAAUUGGCAACUGCUCGGCAGUGUCUUUGCCGAGAAACCAAGUGCAAUCUUUCGGACGGCGUGGCCCACCCAUCCAGAUGUGGUAGGGCAGCCAGUGAUCCAAUUGGGCGUGUCCAUUGAAAGUGCGGAUAAUGUGCGCAAUUUGGGUAUUGAAGCCAGCGGUCUCGAGGAGCGCAAGUCGUUUGCGCUCAAGAUCGCCAUGGACUUGUUCAACUUCAUGUCGUCGUUCUCGACAAGCUCGAACUCAAACAUGAUGGUGGUACCCACGAACCUUCUUGAUCGAUGGAUCGAGCGAUUUGAGUCCAAGUAUCGCAGAGAUCCCAACUUUAUGAUGAAGAACAACUAA